AUGAGAAGUGUAAAGGCCCCUGUCCUGGAUCAAGUCCAUGAGAUGUUGGCUAAAGAAUGGCUAAGUAGCCAUGUUCCUGUACUCAACCCCUUCUACGCUCACAGGGAUGAGAUAAGAGUACACUCAGGCUGUUUGAUGCGGGGAAUCAGAGUCAUUGUAACCCCAAAACUUUGUCCACAAGUGCUUCAAGAACUCCAUCGAGGACAUCUUGGAGGGGUGGAGAUGAAGUCCCUACCAAGAAGAUACAUCUGGUGGCCAAGAAUCCACAAGGAAAUCGAGGAAGCGCCGAGGACCUACUCGGGUUGGCAGCUAGUGCAGGCUGAGCCUACUACCAGAGCUAUACAUCUAUGGGAAUGGCCGUCGGCACCCUCGCAGCGAAUCCAUGUUGAUUUUGCCGGACCUUUCCUCAGCUGCAUGUUUUGGAUUGUCGUGGAUGCCCAUUCUAGACGGCUGGAAUUGGAAAAAUGGGCCCAACGAGCUCAAUGA